CGUCGCUAGGGUGUUUCGCGUUGCCGUGCUGGCAGGCUCCUCAUAACAGUGUCUACUUUCUAACAUGGCAGAUCAAUUUGUGUUGUAUUAUCAUGUGACGGGUAAAAGCUCUCGUUUAUAAGACGAUCUCUGUGUAAACUAUCGUAGAUUUUCCUUGCGAGGAAAACGUGUUGUCAGCUUAGAAUACGGUCGCGAUGGCGGACAUGAAAAGUCCACCGUUCAGUGACAUUAAACGGCCCGAGGAGGUGGUGGCGAUGGCGAUGAACGACAGCCUGAAAUUCGCCGUGCUGAUCGGGCUGAUCGAAGUGGGACAGGUGUCGAAUCGGGAAGUUGUCAACACCGUGCUUCAUCUGCUGGUGGGCGGUGAAUUUGACAUGGAACUGAACUUCGUGAUUCAGGACGCGCAGAACAUCAGGCACAUGCUGGAACUCCUCGAUCAUUGCCCGCCCAAUCUCCAGGCCGAAAUAUGGAGCGUCUUCAUCGCUAUUUUGAGGAAAAGCGUGCGGAAUUUACAGGCAUGUACGGAUGUAAGCCUCAUAGAACACGUGCUGCAUCGUUUGUCCCGUGCCGAGACUGUUGUUGCAGAUCUGCUGAUCGACAUGCUCGGAGUGUUGGCCAGUUACAGCAUAACAGUGAAAGAAUUGAAACUUUUGUUUGGUGCUAUGAAGGCUGUAAAAGGAAAAUGGCCACGACACUCGGCGAAACUGUUAAACGUUCUUCGUCAAAUGCCGCAGAGAAACGGACCUGACGUGUUUUUCAGUUUUCCCGGUAGAAAAGGAUCGGCAAUCGUCCUACCUCCACUCGCAAAAUGGCCACACGAGAACGGAUUCACGUUCACCACGUGGUUCCGUUUGGACCCCAUCAACUCCGUUAAUAUCGAACGAGAAAAGCCGUACCUCUACUGUUUUAAAACCAGUAAGGGUGUAGGAUAUUCUGCACACUUCGUAGGAAAUUGCUUGGUCCUCACCUCUAUGAAAGUAAAGGGCAAGGGCUUCCAGCAUUGUGUCAAAUACGAAUUUCAGCCACGAAAGUGGUACAUGAUCGCCGUAGUGUACAUAUAUAAUAGGUGGACGAAGAGUGAAAUUAAAUGUUUGGUCAACGGUCAGUUGGCUUCAAGCACAGAAAUGGCGUGGUUUGUCUCCACGAACGACCCGUUUGACAAAUGUUACAUCGGAGCUACUCCGGAAGUGGAUGAAGAGCGUGUGUUUUGCGGACAAAUGAGCGCCAUAUAUCUGUUCAGCGAAGCUUUGACGACGCAUCAAAUUUGCGCUAUGCAUAGACUGGGGCCUGGAUAUAAGAGUCAGUUUCGUUUUGACAACGAGUGUUACCUGAAUCUGCCUGACAAUCACAAAAGGGUGAGUGAUGAGCCGGAGCUCACGAGCAUGGUGGACCAAAGUAUGCAAACUGUGCUUUACGAUGGUAAGCUGUCGAACGCGAUUGUGUUCAUGUACAACCCGGUGGCAACGGAUUCGCAACUUUGCCUUCAGAGCGCACCGAAAGGCAACGUUUCCUACUUUGUACAUACACCACACGCCCUUAUGCUGCAGGAUGUUAAAGCUGUUAUCACGCAUUCCAUUCACAGCACACUGAACUCGAUCGGUGGCAUUCAAGUGCUGUUCCCUUUAUUCUCACAACUAGAUAUGCCAUACGAUUGUAUAGCGCCGAACGACGUUAAACGAGAUCCCACGUUAUGUUCAAAACUGUUGGGGUUUAUCUGCGAUCUGGUGGAAAGUUCGCAAACCGUACAGCAACAUAUGGUGCAAAACAGGGGAUUUUUGGUAAUUAGCUACAUGCUCCAGAGAGCAAGCAGAGACCACCUUACUACUGAAGUUCUCGCAUCGUUCUUGGAACUCACUAAACAUUUGGUCACCUGUCUCAGCGCCAACAGCGAUUUGUUAUUAAAACAGUUGUUUUACUUUUCAUUCCUAACAUGGCAGCUAUUGGAUCACGUGCUUUUUAAUCCCGCUCUGUGGAUAUAUACGCCGGCGCCGGUGCAAACCCGGCUUUAUUCGUACUUGGCCACAGAGUUCCUCAGUGACACGCAAAUAUAUUCUAAUGUAAGAAGAGUCUCCACAGUAUUACAAACGGUACACACGCUUAAAUACUACUAUUGGGUUGCCAAUCCACGAGCCAAAAGUGGUAUCACUCCAAAAGGACUUGAUGGACCACGACCACAACAGAAGGAUAUCUUGACAAUACGCUCUUAUAUUUUGUUAUUUCUCAAACAACUGAUCAUGAUCGGGAACGGAGUCAAGGACGACGAACUGCAGAGUAUUCUUAAUUACCUGACGACAAUACACGAGGACGAAAACUUGCACGACGUUCUGCAAAUGUUAAUAUCGUUAAUGUCUGAACACCCAUCGUCAAUGGUGCCUGCUUUCGACGCAAAGCAAGGCGUCCGAACGAUCUUUAAACUGCUAGCUGCAGAAAGUCAGUUGAUACGUCUACAGGCACUGAAGUUGUUGGGAUUCUUCUUGAGCCGUAGCACGCACAAACGAAAAUACGACGUCAUGAGCCCACAUAAUCUGUACACGUUACUUGCCGAAAGGUUGUUGCUGAACGAGGAGACACUGUCGUUGCCAACGUACAAUGUUUUAUACGAGAUCAUGACGGAACAGAUUAGUCAACAGAUCCUUUACGCCAGACACUCUGAACCGGAGUCUCAUUGUCGUCUAGAAAAUCCAAUGAUUCUCAAAGUAGUAGCGACGUUAAUUCGACAAUCAAAGCAAACGGAACAGCUGCUGGAGGUGAAGAAGUUGUUCCUCUCGGACAUGACGCUACUAUGCAACAACAAUCGAGAAAAUCGACGAACCGUUCUGCAGAUGUCCGUGUGGCAGGAAUGGCUGAUCGCUAUGGCCUAUAUUCAUCCGAAAAACACUGAGGAGCAGAAGAUCUCGGAUAUGGUGUACUCGUUGUUUCGCAUGCUUCUGCAUCACGCCAUUAAGCACGAGUAUGGUGGAUGGCGCGUGUGGGUGGACACUUUGGCAAUCGUUCAUUCCAAGGUAUCCUACGAAGAAUUCAAGCUUCAGUUCGCUCAGAUGUACGAGCAUUACGAGAGGCAGCGAUCAGAUAACAUUACUGAUCCCGAGCUAAGACAGCAGAGGCCGAUUAGUACUAUCUCCGGUUGGGAUCAGCAGCAUUCGGGGAAUAAUGGGUAUAAUAAACCAUCGCCCUGGGGCAAUCAACAGAAUCACGAAGUACAACACGUAGAGAGGAAUUAUAAGGAGUUUGACGCGUCCGAAGGAAACGAUCGGCUGGAAGAAUCUUGCAGCUGUGAUUUGAACUCGAUAGACAAUACCGAAAGCGACAGUAGUCCCGCGAUCGUGAAAUCGCACAGCGAAACACUGGACACCCCGCAGUCGAGCGAGGCGAUAUCCCUGGACUCCAGACUGAGCGACAAGCCGGAGACGCCGACCACAGCUCGCGAAGUUCACACGGACACUCCGACGAUUCUCGAAGAAGCCAACAGCGAACCAAUUUCCGUGCCAACUACGCAAGAGACCAGCGAAGCGAUAUCGAUCGAGAGUUCCAACGAUUUGUACAGCGAGGUACACAAGAUCGACAGUUCCAGUCCGGAUUCGAUGACGGUGCAGGAGGCGAUGAAGAAGGAUGAGGAACCAUCGGAGGAGAAAGCGGAAGAUACUGUCCCUGAAUCGUCUCCUGUUAAGCAACCGGAAGAAAACGCACAGGUCGAAGAGGAUGCCGAGCAAGAGGAGAAAGCGCCGAAAGAUGAAGCAAAUGUAGCUGAUGAGACUUCUGAAACCCAGCAACCGAAAGAAGACAAUGAGACUCCUGUUACCGAAACGGAAGAGGAAGAAACGAGCAAGGAGAAGUCUGAUGCAGCAGACAACGUUACUCCGAGCGAGGAUGUUCCUUCUAAUACGGAAGACGACGAGAAAGUGGAAACACCUGACGAAAGUUCGACGGAAGUUGCGGUUUCGACGGAACUGGCCGACUCGGAUAACGUACCGAGUACGUCUCCUGGCGAGACACCUGAACCGUUAGUCAUCAAGGAGAUCGAGAAACUGCAAUUGGAGAACGAUCGAGAGGUGAUCGACAGUGAUACCUCGGAAGCGUACUUGACACCGACGGAGAACCAGGAUAACUUGAGCGACAUAAAGACCAAAGCUUUAGAGGCGGAAAAGUCCGAGGACAAUGUGGAGGACGUUCAGGAUGCGGAGAGUACGGCUGUUCAGGUUGAGAAUAACGAAAACGAAAACGAAAGGGAGGAAAAUGCGAAGAAUCCCAAUUGCUCAACUAGCGUAAUAGAAAGUACGGAAACCGGUGAAGAGAAGGUAGAUGUAGAAGAGAAGAAAGUGGAAUCUGUAGUAGUGACUAGUGAGUUAAGUAGUGACAAAUGCGCCGUGGACUCUGCGACAGAGGACAAAAGUGCUGUUAUUAAUGAUAACGAUGAGAAGGUAAUUGAUAAACAUUCAAGGGAGCCGUCCACUAUUUCUACUAACGUAAGUGAUAAUCAGUCAGACAUUCCGGUGAGAACUGAGACCGAGGUAGAGGUUACAGAUAGUGUUUCUAGUAAUAGCGAUAUUCAAAGUUCUGUAGAUAAUGUGACGCAAGUGCCAAAUCCUAAGCAGCAAAUUCCAACAAUAUCUACGGUCUGUGAUGCUAAUACAAAUAUGCCCGACGGUGUGCCUCAAAUCGUUAGUUCUACUGUGGUUACGAGGGAUAAUUCGUUGUUGAAUGACUUGACUCCAGAUCACGUAGAUACCCAUCGCAGAUCCAGUUUACCGACUGUACCCUCUGAGACAGCCAACGAUGAUAAUGUUAACAGUAACAAUAACGAACCUCCUUCUUUACCUGUACCCUUGCGAAAAACAUCGUCACCCCAAAAGCGACCAAGGAGUGCCUCAACUUCCACGCAAGUGGAUCCCAAUCAUUUCGAGUCAAAACGAUCGAAGCAAGGUAAUCCUUCCACGAGACCAAUGUUUAGUCCAGGACCGACUCGACCUCCUUUCAGAAUACCAGAAUUCAAAUGGUCUUACAUACAUCAAAGAUUACUCUCGGAUGUUCUUUUCUCGUUAGAGACAGACAUUCAAGUCUGGAGAAGCCAUUCAACGAAAUCAGUGUUGGACUUUGUAAACAGCAGUGAAAACGCGAUUUUUGUUGUUAAUACCGUUCAUCUAAUUUCACAACUGGCUGACAAUCUUAUUAUUGCCUGCGGAGGAUUGUUACCGCUUCUAGCGUCGGCUACCUCGCCAAAUAGCGAAUUGGAUGUAAUUGAACCAACUCAGGGGAUGCCAAUUGAGGUAGCAGUUUCUUUUCUGCAAAGACUAGUCAACAUGGCUGAUGUACUUAUCUUCGCCAGCUCUUUAAAUUUUGGUGAACUGGAGGCUGAGAAGAAUAUGUCUAGUGGCGGUAUUCUAAGGCAGUGUUUACGACUGGUCUGUACAUGUGCCGUUAGAAACUGCUUAGAGUGUAAAGAACGUGGCAGAUCGUACAGCAUGUUAGGUCGGCAGAUUGGUACUAGUAAUAAAUCACAGCACAUACAGUCUCUUAUACGAGGAGCUCAAACAUCACCCAAGAACAUAGUGGAUAAUCUGGCACAUCAAUUAAGUCCUGUAAAAGACCCUGAGAAAUUGCUGCAAGAUAUGGAUGUGAAUCGUUUAAGAGCUGUGAUAUACAGAGAUGUUGAGGAAACCAAGCAGGCCCAGUUUCUGUCCCUCGCUAUAGUUUACUUCAUCUCUGUACUAAUGGUAUCAAAAUAUCGUGAUAUACUGGAACCACCAAUAUCGCAACGUCCACCAAGUCCAGUUCAAACGAUACAAACUAACGGUGCUGGUCUAAGACCAGGUAGCCCCUCAGCAGAUGGGAAUGGUGGUGGAGGAGGGCGGCCCCUGUUUCCACAGUGGUCUCACCACGUGUACCCACAGUUCCUCCCGGGAUCUCACCCUAACGCCAAUGCGAAUGCCAAUGCCAAUGCCAACCACCAUAUGAACCAGCACCACCACCAGCACCCGCUACCGGCUGCCAGGCACUCUAAUCGCCAGCCCCCCUCCAACUAUUAUCUCCCGAAUCACCACAGUAAUCAUUACAACCAUCAUCCGAAUAACCAUAACUAUCAUCGUCAUCAUCAUUACCAUCAUCACAAUAACAACAAUCACCAUCAUACGCUUCAAAAGCAUAUCGAUCAGCCCCGAAAUCUCUGUCAUAGAAACUCCGGUGUUGGUCUGCAAGGAAGCGGAGGUAUAAUGAGCCAAGCUGGUUCUCAGGACGACGGUGAAUACGAGGUUAUAAUCGUCGACGAGAACAACUCGUCGAUCCUGGCCGAUCACGACGUGACGUCAUCGGGUCCACCCUCGACGAAGGGAGGUCACAGUGGUGUACCUCGGCCACGGACCAUUCUCGAGGAUUACACCUCGUCAGAACCAACGCUUGGCUCUUCGACAAGAUCCGAACCACUGCCACGAAAUAUCCAGAGCAACGACUCCAGCGAAGAGACGGUACAUAGAAGCAAUAUUACCGCUGACCCCAGUCCGUCUGAGGUUACCACGGAUAAUGAAAACAAGCACAACUCCUCCGAGGAAGCUUGGACCGAUGUGAACCUCAACGAGGAUGGAGAUACUAUCCCCAUGACGAAUCAGAGGGAAGACCCGCGAAAUAUUCACAAUAUGACUCAUUCUCGUGGCGACAUCCAAGACAACGAAGGUAACGUUCUGGAGCAAGAGAUGCUCGGCAACGCGGAACGCGGAGAGAAACCAUCGGCGGAGAUCUCUGUAGUCCGCGUACCGGACAGACUAGUGAUGACUUCCGCAUCGCCGAGACCCGAUGAUCUACCGAUCAAAAGCCUGGUCGAUCAUCUGCCGGUACCGACACCAUCGCGCGAAGCGUCCCUCACGCAGAAAUUAGAAAUGGCGCUGGGCUCUGUAUGUCCGCUUCUCAGAGAAAUCAUGGUAGAUUUCGCUCCGUUCCUAUCGAAAACGCUCGUCGGCUCUCAUGGACAGGAAUUGUUAAUGGAGGGAAAAGGUAGGGGUCGUCUGACCACCUUCAAAAACAGCAAUUCCGUGGUGGAGCUCGUGAUGCUACUCUGUUCCCAAGAAUGGCAGAACUCGUUGCAGAAACACGCGGGCCUCGCUUUCAUCGAGCUCAUUAACGAGGGAAGAUUACUGUCGCACGCAAUGAAGGAUCAUAUAGUGAGAGUGGCCAACGAGGCCGAGUUCAUUCUGAACCGUAUGAGAGCGGACGACGUUCUGAAGCACGCCGACUUUGAGUCGCAGUGCGCUCAAACGUUGCUUGACCGACGGGAAGAGGAACGGAUGUGCGAUCAUUUGAUCACUGCAGCACGGAGGCGAGACAAUGUGAUCGCGAGCAGGUUGCUGGAGAAGGUCCGAAAUAUUCUGUCGAACAAACAUGGUGCUUGGGGAUACAUGGAUCCAAUGGCUGCAAAGUUGGCCGAAUACUGGAAGCUAGAUGCUUGGGAGGAUGAUGCACGCAGACGUAAGCGUUUCGUGCACAAUCCACUAGGCUCGAGCCAUCCCGAAGCUACACUGAAGGCGGCCCUGGAACACGGUGCACCCGAGGAUGCGAUUCUUCAAGCGCGUGAAGAGUUUCACGCGCAUCUCGCAGCCUCGCGUGCACAUCAGCAGCAAUUGCAGUCGGCGGAUCUGAUGGACGACAGUGAAUUGUUGUCGGACGACAGAGACCUCGACAACGACCUGACAGGCCCGGUGAACAUCAGCACGAAGGGGAAAUUGAUCGCGCCCGGUAUCGUGGCUCCUGGUAUUAUCUCCGUCACGUCCACGGAACUGUACUUCGAGGUAGACGAGGAUGACCCGGAGUUUAAGAAGAUCGACAGCGAGGUGUUGAAAUACUGCGACCAUCUGCACGGAAAAUGGUACUUCUCGGAGGUGCGAGCGAUAUUCUCGCGACGGUAUCUGCUCCAGAACGUCGCUAUCGAGAUCUUCCUAGCCAGCAGAACCUCGAUCCUGUUCGCGUUCCCGGACCAGGCGACGGUGAAAAAGGUGAUCAAGGCGCUACCGCGGGUCGGCGUUGGCAUCAAAUACGGGAUACAGCAGACUAGGAGAGCGUCGAUGAUGUCGCCUCGGCAAUUAAUGAGGAGUUCAAACAUGACGCAGAAGUGGCAGCGAAGAGAGAUAUCUAACUUCGAGUAUCUCAUGUUCUUGAAUACAAUUGCAGGUCGAACGUAUAAUGACUUGAACCAAUAUCCGGUUUUCCCUUGGGUGUUGACAAACUACGAGACGAAGGAGCUGGAUCUCAGUUUACCCAGCAAUUACCGCGACUUAUCAAAGCCGAUUGGAGCGUUGAAUCCGAGCAGAAGGGCUUACUUUGAGGAACGUUUUCAAAGUUGGGAACACGACAGUAUACCACCUUUUCAUUAUGGCACCCAUUACUCUACCGCUGCUUUUGUUUUGAACUGGAUGAUACGCGUGGAACCCAUGACGACGAUGUUCUUGGCGCUCCAAGGCGGUAAAUUCGACCAUCCGAAUCGAUUAUUUUCCUCGAUCGCGUUAUCCUGGAAGAAUUGUCAGCGAGACACAUCCGACGUGAAGGAGCUUAUUCCGGAGUUCUUCUUCCUACCGGAAAUGCUGGUGAACAGCAAUCGGUAUCGCUUGGGUAGGCAAGAAGAUGGCAGCGCGGUUGGCGAUGUUGAAUUACCACCGUGGGCAUCGUCGCCGGAAGAAUUUAUUCGAAUCAAUCGAAUGGCACUUGAGUCGGAGUUCGUGUCUUGCCAGUUGCAUCAGUGGAUAGAUUUGAUAUUCGGUUACAAACAGAAAGGUCCAGAAGCAGUUCGAGCAACAAACGUUUUCUAUUAUUUAACAUACGAAGGUAGCGUGGACCUAGACACCAUAACUGACCCAGUUAUGAGGGAAGCUAUAGAGAAUCAGAUACGCAACUUUGGUCAAACACCGUCGCAACUUUUGAUGGAACCCCAUCCUCCGAGGAGUUCCGCCAUGCAUUUGAGUACCGCAAAGUUUGACAAGACGUUGCCACCCGUGUUGCAGUCGCCGAUGAUGUUUUCGAGUAUCCCGGACGACGUGUGCAUGACUAUCAAAUUCCCAUCGAAUUCACCGAUUUGUCACAUCUCUGCCAACACUUAUCCCCAAUUGCCUUUGCCGUCGGUCGUUACGGUUACCACAGGACAGCAAUUCGCUGUUAAUAGAUGGAACACUAAUUACGCUGCCUCCGUGCAAUCGCCGAGUUACGCGGACACUCCUCAAGCUCAGGCUGCAAAUCAACCGAUGUCCAUGGACCCUGUUCUCUCACAAGCGGCGAACAGCUCGAAUCCAACGCUACGUCGACACUUGGGAGAUAAUUUCAGUCAGAAACUGACGAUUCGAAGCAAUUGUUUCGUUACUACAGUGGACAGCAGAUUCCUAGUUGCUUGUGGCUUUUGGGAUAAUAGCUUCCGCGUGUUCUCCACCGAAACUGCAAAAAUCGUGCAGAUAGUGUUUGGCCAUUACGGAGUCGUCACGUGUUUGUCACGCAGCGAGUGCAACAUAACUUCCGACUGCUACAUAGCAUCCGGAAGUGCCGAUUGCACCGUUUUAUUGUGGCAUUGGAACGCAAGAACGCAGACGAUAGUCGGAGAAGGUGAAGCUCCAGCACCGAGGGCAACUCUCACGGGCCAUGAGCAACCGGUGACAGCUGUCGUUAUAUCAGCCGAGCUGGGCCUGGUCGUUUCCGGUUCUUACUACGGACCAGUUCUUGUGCACACGACUUUCGGAGAUCUCUUGAGAUCACUGGAGGCACCAAAUGGAUUUUCUUCGCCUGAAAAUAUUGCAAUGUCGCGGGAAGGUGUUAUUGUGGUGAACUACGAACGUGGUCACAUAGCUGCGUUCACCAUAAAUGGAAAACGCCUGCGCCAUGAGUCCCACAAUGAUAAUCUUCAGUGUCUACUUUUAAGCAGAGACGGCGAGUACUUAAUGACAGGUGGUGACAAACGAAUCGUAGAAGUUUGGAGGACGUUCAAUCUAGCUCUUCUGUACGCAUUUCCGGCAUGCGAAAGCAGUGUCCGUUCUUUGGCACUCUCUCACGACCAAAAGUUUCUACUUGCUGGUCUGGCCAACGGAUCGAUCGUGAUAUUCCACAUCGACUUCAACAGAUGGCACCACGAGUUCCAGCAACGCUACUGAGACUGUUUUGCGUAUGUCUAGCAAAACCGAGCGAGCUACAAGCAUAGCCAGGCUGUUGUUUGACUUCCUUGCACAAUAACGACAGAUUCUUUUCAACAACGGGUCACAGGACGACGACAGCCACGCAACAGCCAUUUUCGCUAUAAUCCUACGUGUAACUACUCUAUUCAAACAGAUCUACGAUUCGAAGAAACGCAUCGUGCGACGAGGUCGGAUCUACUGUACCGAUCGUUGUGAACGAUGCGGCUCUGAACAGUUUACAGAUAGGAGCAACGAGCAACGACGCUUUCGUAACCGUUUAUUACAAUCAAGUAGUGGGCGCAGAACAGUAGUCGGCGAGCAGCAGGUAUAUUCAGCGUUCUAGCAAUAAAAAAAGAGAAAUUCGCUUUUCCCGCGACGAGAUAAACACUCGAGACAAGCAGUGCUUCCGUGAAUCGACGACCAGGCGUGCAGAACAGAAUUUCGAGCACAGGGUUUUGUGCUGAUCAGGCGUUAUUCCGCGAUUUCGAGCGAGGACUCGGGACUCGUGUUUUAAUGAACGUUCGUUUCGUGUCCUCGAGCUGUCAACCUUGCAGAACCUUCACAAAAGGAAAAGGUUCGCGACAAAAAGGAAGCAGAUACGUUUCUCUGGAACCGCUAGUCAAUUACGAACACACUCGGAACUAUCUGUACGCUUGCAAACACUCGAAGGUCGAUUAUCGACCAUGUCCUUCGAGGAUACAGCGAAGAGAUCCUCGGACAGCACGCUCGCGACCAAGGAAUCGCAAACGCGACGAGGUCGCGCUGUCUUUCCGCCUCGAAGCGCGUCAAGGGUGCGGCCAUGUCGCAGCCACGAUGCCAAUAACGUCCCGUGUAAAUACGAUUAUCUCUAUAAAUAUGCAUAUACGAUAUAAAUACGUACAUAUUCCGCGCUAGGAUGACGAGCGAAUGAGCGAAAGACGAGGCAACGAAACGUGUACUCCUUGCUCAGGAGAAUCGCAUUCCAUUGCCGGUGUCGUGAUUGCUGCUCGUGAUAUGAUACACUUCUUCGGCUAAGCACUUAGUGAGUUCUGUUUAACGAGACACGUAAGAAUGUAGUAACACAUUCACACGUACUGAUCGAAGCGAUAUCGACACCAAAGUAUUCGAUAGAACAGUAUCAAAACUUUAGAUACUGACUCUUUUUGAAACGAUAUUAAGUCGUUGCAAGUGACCCUUUCAUAUGGUUUUACUUAAGAAACUUCCCAUGUUUUAAAGGUUAAGGCAUUAUUACAUUGUUACAUGGUUAUCUCUUUGAUAAAAGUAAAUUAAUUUCGGAUAUAAAAUAUCAAUACUUCCAUAAGGAUAUGUUUAUGGACUCCAAAGCUAGAGUAUGAGUCGCUUGAGAUCCAUUAUUAUCAAAAAAUACACUAAUUAGAAAUAAUUGUUAUUAUCGGAAAGAUUGCAAAAUUUCAAUCGUCGCUUUAUGAAGGGAGUGGACUUGAUCGACCCUCUGGCUCUGGGGUUCACAGUCGCGAAGUAUCAAACGAGCAUUAAUUCUAGUAGAUACUAUUCGAUAAAGUAUCAUAAUUUGCAGGAUAGAAUUGGCAGUAUUGAUCCGGUAUCAUUUCGAUCGCUACCCACACGUAUAUACAUCACACAGGCGAAACAAAAUACAAGGCAGAUUUCGUACACACGCAUGGUUCUCGAGUAUUCACAUUUGCACAAGAGGGCACUUUCGCAAGGGACGAUCGAUGCUUUUUCUUUCGCAAUGCCGCGUACGCUGAAUCGCCCCCAAACACGUAUACACGAACCAUCACAAACCACCAUCGAUCAGCCCGCAAACACUUCCUAAUCCCUUAAAUGUUCACGUCCUUCGGAAGAGAUCCUAAUUUUUAUCAAAGCCGUCCAGCUUAACUUUGCGAGGAUAUUUCUUGGUAUUUUCGCACGCGAGUUAUAAUUAAUCAGCAAGAGAACGUUAUAAAUAGGCUUAUAACAAACGAGGAAUCACAUGGAUCCCGAAUUCAUUCUCAACGCGUGUUGUUCGUGUGUGAGCGUGUCGCCCGUAUGACGAUUCGAAUGGGACAGAUUGCCGUCAUUUUCACGGAAAGGAACGAUGUAACUAUAAAAGAAAAAACGAUGGUAAACGAUGCGAGGAUCGGAUGAGCGAUUUAUCGAAAAAGAAAGAGGAGAAUGUAGGAAUGAAAGUUAGACAGAUCGUUAACUCGCUGUAGAACGAAUGCUAGUCACUCUUCCUUGGAACAAUGUUGGCGUUCAUCAAGUAUUACAUAGAAAGCGUGAAUAGUAUCGUGAAAGGUUUUUAUCGCGUGCAUAGCUUGAAUUGUUUGCACAUGCGAUACGGUCGGCGUAGCACCGUACACUGUUCACUUUUAAGUAGGCUAGCUAGCUUCUUCUUUUUAUAGUCGUUCCAGAUUAGUGAUGGACAAGUGCUCGCGAGGACACGAGGCAUGUAAUGACGGGCUUUUGAGGAUUUUUAUGGGUAGUCAAUUCGAAAAUCUAAAUUUGUAAAUUUACAAGUCUGGAUGUUAAAAAUUUGUAAUCUGCAUAAAUGCACAUCAGUAGCCUCGAGACCUUCGAGCACUUGGUCGGCGCAUCACUGUUCUAGAUCGCGACAUAUUUCCUUUCGCUGACAAUCGAUGACGCGAUUUCGGGUCAGAGGUAACAGAACAAGCGUGGAGAAGAGGAGGACAAAGAGGAGCGAGGGCGCGAAAAGAGAACAGUGUGAGAGGAACACGGGGUUAAAUGAGAAUAAUUCGGUACGAGCGUGUCACGGUUCUCGUCGGUGAUCGUUCGCGACGCAUUUCUUCCGCGCUGCGCGAUUUCGCGGAUCACGCGAUUCGAUGCGGCCAAAAGUACUUAAAAAACAGGGAGAAGAACGAGAGGAAAAUUGCCCAAAUACGCGAACGUCUCAGGAUAAGUAUCUAGUCAGGACUCGCGCGCGGUUUGGACGCGUCGCGAAUUACCGGCGGUCCCCGAUUCCUUCAUAGAUGUCGAUAAAUACACUUUAAAUAAAUCAUAUACAGUACUGUCGUACGUGGUAGAUGUAAAAGUAAGUGCAUGGUGCAUUCGUCGUUCUAUAGCGAUCAAUCACUCUUGAGCUUGCUAAAUACCACGAUGUAACGUGUAAUUAAGGAAAAAAGCAUUUAGCCUCGGUACUUAUUAUUGUGCACCCGAUACGCCGUCAUUGGCGAAUCGAUCGCUCGUUAAUCGUACAAUUUAUACACGCAUAGGACAAUGUUACGUGUGCAACAAUCGUGUUAAUUACAAUGGUAUUAUCGCUGCUACUCGUUAUGGGCGUGCUUAUGCAUGAUUGUUCGUAUCGUUUCGUUUGCGUGUCGAGAGAAAGAAGAUCGAGACAACGAGAAAAGCGUGUAUGGAGGAUAAAAAAGAAAAUGAAAAAAAAACGAGGAUGCGAGAUUGUGUAAUGUAUGCGUGAGAAGAGUAUCGUGCCUGGUGCUUCGGAUAAUAUUAAUUUCACAUAUUGUACACUGCGCUGCAACGUAGGCUUCCCUUGGAAAAGGACAAGGAAAGGGAGAAGAGCUUCUAACUUGCUUUUAGGGAUCAAAUGUAAGCUUCAAUCUUCCGAGUUGCUAAAUUCUGAAUCAUCCAAAUUUUCAAAGUUUCGAGGGAGCGUUUGAUAAUUUGUAAACUUGGAAAUUCAGAAAUAAUUUAAGAAUUUCUAAUUUAGAAACUGAAAAUUUUCCAACCACGAGUAAUGGAGACCUUUUUUUAACAUCGCUGUUGUCCUUAGCGAAGCCUACCAUGCUCGGUGGUGUACUUAAAUGUACAGACGCAUACUAUCGACACCUUAUUUUCGCUACGAUGAAAGUAAAAAGAACAAAAAAAUGAGAAAAAGGGACGAUGCAAUGAAUUACGGCACGCACGACAUUCCAUCCGCAUUUCCUGUUCUUCGGCGAUGCGCCUUUUUUGAAUUCGAAUCGCUUCGCGCGUUGCCAGCGCCGCGGGAAAUUCAAAUGACAGGAGAUGCGCGAUGAAACAAUUCGCGUGCGCACAAGAACGCAAAGCAGCGUAAGAAUGCGUAGCGUGGAGAAUGAAAGAAAUAGAUAAAGAGAGAAAGGAACAGAGAAAAGCAAAAAGAUUUUAAACAGAGGAGUUUUUAUAUUUGUUUAUAGGUGUGUGAGAAUGCUGCACUUUUCGAGCAAGUUGUUAGUGAAUUCCCUCCAUAUUGCUAUAUAUAUAUGAACAAAAAAAUUAUAUAUAUAUUAUAUAUAUAUAAAAAAAGGAAGUUAAAAAAAUCAAUUCUCUGUCCGUAAUCGAACUUCGGUAUUAUACAUAAGAAUAACGCUACUAUUUUAAAUAACGCUAAGUACAACGCUACAACAAAGGUUUGCCUAUAAUUAUUAUAUUGAUUAUAACUACAAUUUAUUCUCAUGAUUAUUAAUUAUUAUUAAUAUUGAUUACCAAGUAUAAUUGAUUAGUGCUCCGAUCACAGAAGUUCGUGGUUGCAUUUCACCCGUACUUAAAUGAUUAUUGAUAAUCGAAACGAAUCACACAAAGCAAAGAUUUGUACAAUUCGUGUAUCGGCCACGUGUUUUCGCGUCGUUGUACGCGGGGAAACGUGCGAUCGUAUUUCGUGUAAAGAGACAAAGAGAAGAAAAAAAAACGAAAAGACGAAAAAAAGAAGUAAAUGAAAAAAAUCCGAGGAUUAAUGGUUCGUUUAGAUACGAAGCUGCCCGUAGAAGUACUUAACAAUUGUAGAUUAAUCGAACGUUCUACGUUUCUAAGCGUAAUCACGGGCGGAUGAGAGAGAAAGAAACAAAAUGACGCAUAAACGUCGCGGAAUAACACUUACUCGAACGCUUAGUCGUUUAGAAUCGUAAACCUGUUCAGUAUUUAGCGGCGGCGAGGAAGAGGGAAACGACGACGAUUUUGAAAAAAAAAGAGAACGAACUCUUCGAGAAACGAUCGUCGUCGCCUGCCUCUUCCCACGGCCAUGCAAUUUUUCCAAUCAAUCGAUAAGAAGUCAAUAUAUAUACAGAGAUUGUAGAGAAGAAAAAUGAUGCUAAGAGGAGGAGAAGUCGAAGAGAAGCAGGAUAAAAGAGAAUAAUAAAAUCAUUGUAGCGAAAUCGUAGAGCUGCGUUCGUUAACACCGAGGAUCCAUCGAGUUCAUCUGCGUCAAAGUAGCGUUUUAUAAUCGUGAGUCCAUUUCUUAUGCGUAAUAAUACGAUUUAAAAAAAAAAGGAAUAAAACACACACAAAAUAUAUAUUGUACAGCAUUUGUAAUGCUAUAUAAAACACGAGCCAUCCGCUCUGGAUUAAGCUUAAGCCUCAUCCGAUUCACACGAAGACUCAUCAAAUUAGUCGCUGCAGUUGCAUUUCUUCAAAGACUGAACAUCGUUCCGCGAUCUAUUGUUUUCUAUUGUACAUCACACAAAUCGUUGUCAUUGUUGUUGAUCUCGAGCAGGUAUCUAUAAAACGUGAUUUCCAAUGCCGCGAAUUUUCAAUUAGCAGACACGAAAAAAUGCAAAAAGAACGGGGAGAGACGAGAGGAAAUGGCCUAAUUCUUUUUUCACAAUUUGCAAGAUAGAGUUAACGUUAGAAGAGCACCAGAAUGAAAAUGAAAAAUGGUACGAUGUUCGAUCGACGAACAAAUGGCUGCAAUUAAUUAUCCUUAUCAGAAGAAACCUCGAUGCUUGUCUAAUAUAAUUUCUGACGAAAGGGAAAGUUUGGUAACCGGCGACGGUGAUCAAGCCUCGUCGACGACACGGACGACGUUUCCCGGCACUUUUAAAAGGAUACUAUUUAAGUAGAGGUACUUAAGUCGUUGCUACAUACCAGUAUAAGCUCUAUUGCUUAUUUUAUACUUAGUAUUAUCGUAACGUUUCGAUUAGAGGUAACAUAAUGGGAAAGCUGUAUCUUAGCAUUAAGGUAGACUUAAUCUGUAAAGAUAAGUAGUCAAAUAAAUGAAAAGUACAUUUGA